UAUAUUUGGAGUAGUGACGACGUUGUUUGUCGUAUUGACCGUGUUCAUAAUAUCCAUCAUUGAAUAUCCGAAAAACUUAAAAAAUCGUCAUGAUUUUGUCAAUUUUCGAAACCUUCCUAUCGCUCUAUCAACUUUCUUUUUCAGUUUUGGAGGUAAUGUCGUUUAUCCACAUAUUCAAGCCAGUAUGAAAAAUAAAAAAGCAUGGCCUAAAGUGGUUACACUUGCGAAAUUUACUAUUACUUUUAUGUACCUUUUAAUCGGUAUACCUGCUUACUUAACCUAUGGUCGAACCACAAUGUCACCUAUAUAUCUAAGCCUUCCACCUGGUUUAAUAGUUGAUAUUACCAUGAUAAUGAUCACAAUGCAUAUUCUUUUUGCACUCCCUGUUUAUCAAACUGCUUUUUCUUUGGAAUUAGAAAAUUAUCUUUUUACAACCAUUUCAAAUAUUAGUAAUACUAGUAAAUUUAUUUUACGUACAAUACUUCGUUUAAUUAUUGUAAUUUUCACCGUAUAUAUUGCAACAGUUGUACCAUAUUUUACUACUAUUAUGUCACUUUUGGGCGCUUUAGGUAAUGGUAUUUUAUUAAUGGUUAUGCCAAUGUUAAUUUGGAUAAAAUUAUUUGGUUGGAAUCAUUUAAAAAAUUUUAAAGAAAAAAUUUGGGUUAUUUUUAUUUUAAUUUUUGCUCUAUCUGGUGCUAUCAUCGGUACUUGGGAUGCAUUAGAUGCUUUGUCGACAGAAAUUUUGAGUGGAAAUUGA